AUGCAGAUUUCAUGGAUGGAAAAGUUUGUGCAGAAGGGAACUGAGAUUACUGCUCCUGUACCAAUGGCUCCACCUGGAACCACUGGGCUUGGUGGCUUUGAAGUUCCUUCAUCCAAAGGUGGUACUCUACGUUCUGAUGCUAGUGCAUUAAAUGUUGGUGUUCUGCAUCUCGUACCCACACUGGAGGUGUUUCCACAAUUGGCAGACCCAAAAAUGUAUGCAAAAUUGUAUGAGCCUAACACUAUUGACCUCUCAGACCACGGUGAAUUAGAGUAUUGGUUUACUGUGCUGUCCGAGCAUUUGCCAGAUCUUGUUGAUAAGGCAGUUGCUAGUGAAGGUGGAACAGAUGAUGCUAAAAGAAGAGGUGAUGCUUUUGCUCGUGCAUUUUCUGCUCACUUGGCAAGGUUGAUGGAGGAGCCUGCAGCAUAUGGGAAGUUAGGAUUAGCGAAUCUAUUGGAACUAAGGGAAGAGUGCUUGAGGGAAUUCCAAUUUGUCGACGCCUAUAGAAGCAUAAAACAGAGGGAAAAUGAGGCAUCACUUGCUGUGUUACCUGACCUGCUGGUGGAGCUUGAUGGCAUGACAGAGGAGACAAGAUUGCUUACAUUAAUUGAGGGUGUUCUUGCUGCAAACAUAUUUGACUGGGGAUCUCGUGCUUGUGUGGAUCUCUAUCAUAAAGGAACAAUUAUAGAAAUAUAUAGAAUGAGUCGCAAUAAAAUGCAAAGACCUUGGCGGGUGGAUGACUUUGAUGCAUUCAAAGAAAGAAUGUUGGGUUGUGGAGACACGAAGCCUUGCCCCCACAAGAGAGCUUUACUUUUUGUGGACAACUCAGGUGCUGAUGUUGUUUUAGGGAUGCUUCCCCUAGCACGGGAACUCCUCCGACGCGGAACUGAGGUUGUUUUGGUUGCGAACUCCCUUCCUGCACUAAAUGAUGUAACUGCUAUGGAGCUUCCUGACAUUGUCGCUGAGGCUGCAAAGCAUUGUGACAUUCUUCGCAGAGCUGCUGAAGCAGGUGGCCUACUUGUUGAUGCAAUGAUAAACACUUCAGAUGGUUCUAAAGAGAAUUCGUCCUCCGUCCCCUUGAUGGUUGUUGAGAAUGGGUGUGGGAGUCCGUGCAUAGAUUUGAGGCAGGUCAGCUCUGAGCUUGCUGCUGCUGCGAAGGAUGCUGAUUUGAUUGUAUUGGAAGGGAUGGGUAGAGCUCUUCAUACCAAUUUCAAUGCUCAGUUUAAAUGUGAGGCUUUGAAGCUUGCAAUGGUGAAGAAUCAGAGGCUGGCAGAAAAAUUCAAAGGAAACAUAUAUGACUGUGUCUGCAGAUAUGAACCAGCCAGUUGA